AUGACACAAAAUCCACCUGCUGUACCGUUGACAAAUGCUUUAACGGCUAUUUAUUGUCAUAAUGCUCAAGACGCUGGUUUAAUGACAAUUAAUUGUCGAACAAAUGAAAAAAUUCGUAUGCUGGAUGCAUUUGAUGUUGUUGUCAAAAAUAAAUCUCGUUUACCAUUGCAAUGUUUAACACAAAAACAUUUCUCAAUGAUCUACGGUGAUAAUACUAAUCAUGAUGAUUGUAAAGUUCACACGAGUUUUACAUCGGCUUGUUCAGGACGAGAAAAUUGUACAUUACAUAUGCAGCCAAUACGUUUAAACAGUGCUAAUAAAACUUGUCAUAAUGAAUUAGUCGAUUAUACAAUGGCUUUUUUUGAAUGUAUAUCAGAUAUCUCUAUUCAUGACAUAUGCUCAACGCAAACAGUGACUUCUCGUUGGGGUACAUUGAAAACACCAAAUUUUCCCAAUCCUUAUACAUCAAGUAAUGAUUGUUGGUGUAAAUUAUCAACACAAUUACAACAUCGUAUUUUACUUUCUGUCAUUAAUUUUCAAUUGAUUCCUUAUGACCAAAAAUGCGUGGCUGCUGGACUUUAUUUACAGAGUAGUGAUGAACAACGAAGUACUCAAUGUACUUAUUUAAAAGGAGGACAUAAUUAUUUAAGUGAUUCUAAUACAUUAUAUCUCAAUUUCUAUAGUCGUACACCCACUGUACGUGGAGGAUUUUGGCUUGUUUAUGAAGGAAGUCAUCCUAAUGCUGAAGUUCAUUUACAUUGCGGACCAAGACAUCUAGUUGGUGUUGCAUCAGAUACAACAUCCUUACCGAUAUCUAUUAAAUUGCCACCAGCUUCAUCAUUAUUUAAUUAUGGUUGGAAUCGUUUAGCAUUCAAUAAUCCACCAAAUUCAACAACACAAAUCAAGGAUGCUAUGACACAUGUGCCUUCAAUACUUACUACACCUCGACUAAUUCAAAAUACAUAUCCUAAACCUGAUCUACCGGUAAAGCCAGUUGGUGCAUUUACAUAUCGGCAUGGUAAUCUAACGGUGUUCGAUUUAGCUUAUGGGCCAAACGGAUGGUUUCUUAAAUCUCCAUCUACCACUACAUCAAAUACCACAGAGACUAAAUUUCUACAAACGACAACUGAAUUGCCAGAAGUAAAAUGGAAUUCUACUUGGCGUUAUACGCGACGAUCAUGGCCAAAAGCACUUACGUCGGCAACAAAAAUAACAUCAACUACUGCUACUACUACUACUACUACUACUACAACAACAAAAACGACUACUACUAGUACUACUACCACUACUAGUACUACUAGUACUAGUACUACUAGUACUACUAGUACUACUACUACUACUACUACAACAACAACAACAACAACUACUACUACUACUGCUGCAACGACAACUUCUACUUCUACGGCGAUAACAAAAGACGCACUGAUAGAAUCAAUGAUUUUAAUGACACCUUCAAGUACUUCUACUAUUAUAACUACUGAACAAAACACUAUGCCGCUCUCAACCGCAACAAUAUCUGCAUCUAGCGUUGACAGUACUACUGUUAAAAAAAGUUUAUUAUUCACUUUUCAACCGCGGAUACAUGUCAUUUCUAAUAGUACUGAACCUUCGACAAUAAUAAAAUCAAACAUAGCAUCAAUGAUACAAUUACCAGCAUCAUCAUAUACUUUAAAAAGUACAUUAGCUCCGGCAACUCCUUGGUAUGAACCUGAUGGCUCAUUUGAUUGGUGGCAACGGCAAUGGUAUGCAACGAUAUUUAAAAGGCCAGCGUCAAGUGUUGUUACCACUAUCGAAAAAUUAAAACCUUCUACACAAAUAACAACAACAACAGCAACAACAACCACUACUACCACCACCACCACUACUACUACUAGUGCUAUUACCGCUACUACCGAAAGUAUCAUCUAUUCAACAAAUCCAAGAAAUCCAGUAACUAUCAAUUAUAAAGAGAAAACAACAAUUGAUUGGUUUCAAUGGCCUUCAGUUGAAUCUUCUUCAUUAACAACGGAAAGACGAUCAGAUUUUGAUGAAGAAGACUAUGUGAACUGGCCUGAUUAUUUUUCUACAAGCAAGGCUCCCACAAGAAUGACACUGAAUUCUUUCAUACCUAUUUCAUCCGAACAAACACUGCAACCCGAUGAACGUAUAGGAUUUUUUCCAAUGAAAUCAAGUUGGCAGUUGGAUGAUUAUCCUAUGACAAUCAAUACUGUGCCAUCGAAAAGCUAUCAUACAAUACAAAAUACAAGCAGCAUAAUAGAAAAGGAUAUGGCAAGAAGUCAGAGUAAAGGAGUAACCGAUACUUAUCGUCACAGUACAAUUCAACGUGCUAUGGAACGAUCAAAUAACACAAUUUCAGAUGAACAUGAAUGGUUAAAUAAAACAGGUACACGAUUUAACAUAAUAAUAAAUCUAGCAUACAAAGAUAUAUAUAUGUAUUUAGAUGUUACAAUUGUCGCUAUAUCACUAUUGUUUAUUAUUUUAUUAUUUAUUAUAAAUUUAUCCUUAUAUGGACUUCGAAGACGUCGCCGUCGGUUUCAAGGUCGUCAUUUAUUAAGUGAAUCAAUACCAUCAUCAUUAAACGAUAGAAGAAGUAUUUCCGAUGGUCAGCUACAACGAACACGAUUCGGUGAAUCAACAACGAGUUUAGUUAACGUUACUAAUCGCACAAGUAGCACUGAGAGUACUAAGAAUGAUCUUUUACCAGCAGUUGGCGAAAUAGUCAUAUGGGAUGAAAAAGAUCAAGGUGGUUAUAUGAUUGAUAAUCAAGGUGAAUGGGCAAAAAUUCAAGAUCGACAAUGGUUUCGUCGUAAUAUAUGGAAAAAUUGUAGCAAAUCAUCAUUUUCAAAAGGUUUUCGAUCACACCUUCAAAUGGCUCGUCAAUCGAGUAAAAAAUUACAUGUUCGUCACCUACAAACACCAAUAUCACCACGAAUUCUACAACAGAAAAUAAAACAUCCCCUUCUUUUGGACAAUGCUGUUCUUACACCUGUACCCGAAGCCGAUGAUUAUCAAUCAUCUUUAUUGAGUUCAUCAGAUUUUCUCAUGCGAAGUUCCGAUGCAACAUUGACUAAUUCUAAUAAAAAUUCAAAUUCUCAAAGAGCAACAAAAGUCGUUCAAGCUUUAGUACAUGCAGAGCAAAAUCACAGUGAUGACUAUUAUAAAGGGAUUGAAACUGGCGGAGCUGAACUGAAUUAUAUAGGGCCACAAGGACAUGCUCAAGGAGAUUAUUCUACUACUGAUCAGCAAACUGAUCGAAGUUUAGAAAAUGAAACUGAUGCUGGAGCAUCAAUAAAUCUUAGUGUGCCAAUUAAACUAAGACGUGAAGAAGAUACUAUUAUAACAGUAGAUGACGUGGAGUCUAUUUACAAUCAUAAUUAUGCAACCCAAUCUCUUAUGAAAAGUGCAAAUAUAAAUGUACGACCCAAUUACCUUCUGCCAAAUUAUAGCAAUCAAUCAGCUACUAAACAACCUGUUAAAAUAUAUAAAAAUGCAGCAAGUAGUCCAAUAAUUAUUGGCCAUUGUCAAAUAGAUUUUCAGCCACUUGAUCCCAAUUCAUUAUGUAAACCAACGGCUAAAUCAUUACUAGCUGAGCAACAACAAUGUUAUACUAGUUCACAAGGUUUUCAAAUAUCAGCAUAUGAUUCAGGUUUUUUUGACGAGCAAUCAAGUGACAAUUCAACAAGACCGUCAGCAAAAAUGAUUGAUAUCGUGAAAAAUAAUCUAACAAACAACUCAAAAAUAGAACGUAGGAAUAUCGAUGAUCUAUUUAGCAAUACAACGAGUGAAGAUUAUGGAGAUAGUGUAAUAUCGUUGAAUGAUUUAUCAAUGCAAAGUUUAGGAAAACCAAUGCGACAAAAUCAUCAACAUAUUUCGAAACAUGUAUCAUUUCAGAAUUAA